ACAUUAAUGAGAUAAGAUAAAUAUACAAAAUUGUCUAUAUAUAUUCGUUCCGAUCCAGAGUGUCAAUGGAAGUUGUAUUACACGAGGCUUUUCUUCUUUCAGCGAAAUUACUGAUUUCUCCAUUAUGAAGUGCUUGGUAUUCGCUUUAAUUGUCAUGGUUGCUCUCAAUGGCAUAGCAGCUGCUCCUAGUUACGAGAAUUCUAAGGCAGUAUGCUCUCCCUGGCUCGGAUAUUGUCAGCUCACCGAUCAGUGCUGUCGUGAUUUAAUAUGCUUGACUUAUGCAGCUAAAUGUGUCCCCGGAAAAAUCAUAGAUGAUAAGAGACCUAUCGGCGAUGGACCGUUUCCCCCAACGGGAAAAUAAAACAAAGGACAUCAUCGGUUUUGACAUUAACGAUAUUGAAAGAAUAGAAAUAAGAAUGCGUUUGGUCACUACAAUCAGUGUAAGAAAUUGAACUAGUUAAUGAAGAAAUAAAAAUGACAUAACGGAUGAUUACAUUUUUAAGUGAAAAAUUAGAUUUUAAUAAAAUCUUCUGGGUGAAAAUUAUGAUGUAACAAAUUUUUUUUUUUAAUUAAUUUGUAAUUUAUACAUCGUUUUGAAGUAUUAUUAUUUUAACAUGCUUAUUGAACAGUCAUUUACUGGUGGUCGUUUAGCGACUGAUGCAGUGACCAUAAUAGUCUUCGAAUAAUUAUACAAUAUCGUUUUCAAGAUACAAAUUAAAUGUAUAAUUAUCUACAUUUA